GCCGAAAGGGUCCUUUCUUCUGAAGCUCAGUAAGCAGGCGGUGGGACGUCUUUCUGGUGUCCAGCAAAGCUCACAGUAUUUAUUUAAAAUGUAUUAUAAAGUGAGCGGAUUUACUGGGAAGUUAACGGGAGCGACGGCAGCGUCCGCAUACAGUCCUCAGGGGCUGAAGCCUGCGGUGCCAUCUCAAUCCCCUCCCAUGAUCUUUGCCAUACCUACAAAGGUGGUUUCAGAAAAGGGACCAGCAGUCCACUACUUGGGAGUAAACAAAGUUCCUGAGCUGCAAAAGAUCUUUCAGAAAGCCGAUGGAGCACCAGUUCACCUGAAGCGUGGAGUCAUGGACAAAAUGCUGUAUAGGACCACAAUGAGUUUGACAAUCGGUGGAGCCCUCUACUGUUUAAUGGCUCUCUACAUUGCUGCACAACCCCGAAAAACACAGUGACCUGACCUGUCUGCCCCCUGGAUAAUUUAAUGCAAAACUGUUUUAUGUAGGACUGAUGACAUGGACUAUUAUAAUUCUGCUCUCAUAAGCACAGUCACAAUUUUGUUUGAUUGUCGUAAUGCUUUCUCACGUCCCUUAAACCGCUUUUAUUUAUAAUAAUUACAAUAUUUUUGCCAUUUCCUCCGUACAUCUUGCCCAACUGUCAUGUGUUUAGUCCAAAACUUUAAUGCUGCGGUGUUCAUUGUACACAUGCAUUCAUUUUAUAAGAGGGUUGUUUUGGUUUUACUGAACAAUUUACAAUAUUUAUUUACUUUGAUAAACUGUUGGGAAUAACUCAAAUUGAACGUUAAUAAAAAAACCAUCUAACUAAUAGAUGUUGGCUACACCCUUUUAAAUUUACCAUGACUACAGCACAGCUGGAUUAAAUAUUUGCAUUCUUCCCCAUUGAGUAAAUCACAGGGAAAACAGCUGUAUGUUUUCAGCCUGUAAAUUAUGUCCUUGUAUUUAGGAGAAUAAAUAUAUUUUCUUUGUAAAAA